GGCUCCGUCUACUACCUGAACCCAUCGGAUGAGUCCAGGGUCCGAGCGGCUCGUGGCUCAACCAAGCCCGAUCACAGGAGCAGUGACGGCGCCUCGCUGGCCGGGGGAACCCGCUGAAGCCGGGACGGACACCGGCCGCUCGCGGCGCCUCGUCCUCUCGGCCCGGUUCAGUCCGGUUCAGUGAAUAGACGAGUCCGCGAUGUUGUGACGUGACCCGAACGCGACGGAUAACGAGCUAGCUCCGCUGCUAACGUUAGCCGAAAGUUUCCACUUGACUUGUCCGCAGAGUCACAGUGAGUCACGACCACGUAACGACCGCCCCGCUCGACUCCUCCGGUCCGAGCCCCGGAGCCAUACGUCACACCAGACCCCGUCCACAACCCCCGGGUUUCAGAAGAUGUUCGUCAUUUACACCGUUAAGAUCAACUGUGACCAUGAAUUAAAUACACGUGUUGGUUCUAAAAGAACCUUGUGGAACAUUCGGGAUGAAGGAAGUGAACAAAGUGAACUUUAUCUACAUUAGAAGUCACCGUCUGUUCUUCAAAGCCGCGUCACGGACACGUCCUGCGCCCGGAGGCGGGAUUAAAAACAUCUGUAAAAGUUGAUCCUCUGUCGGAUCCGGUGUCGACUGAUCGACCAGACAACAACCGAAGUGGAGAGCGAAUCAUAUUCACAGAUAAACUUCAUCGAACACGAUGUGGUUCAUCAGAACAACUGCGCCACAGGAUCAGAUGCGUCGCUCCCUCGGUCCAGUGUUCGGCUCGAGUCGGGCACAGUAACUAUGGGUGUCAGCAGCGGGCCUGCCCUGCUGCCCGCCCGGUCGGACAGUGGAGCGGCUCCGGGCCGGAGAGUCCUUACCUGCCGAGUCACAGACUUUCCCCCCGGGUUCCGUCUUCCCCCUCGACCGAUGUUUCUUUCCUCCUGGACGCGUCGUGUCCCGGUACCUCUCUGGUUGUCGUCUCCUCCAGUCUGAGGAUCGUCAGCUCGCUCCUUCCUUCCUCUGUACUCCAUUUCCCAUCAUGCAUGUGGGUCGAGGGGCCACCGCCGCUCACUUCCUGAACAGAUGCUUCCUGAGAUAAACAGCUGCAGUCACGUGUCCUGAACAACAGAGGGCGCUGGAGAACCAUCCACCGAGCAGACGGACACCUGACUGCCCGCCUGUCGCUCUCCUCGCUCGGCUCUCUCUGUCUCGUCGCACCGGGACUCGUUCAGAUUCUUCGCGGCUCGGAGCUCACUGGAGGGCGGCCGCAGAAGGGAGGGGGGGUCGGUGUGUGACGGAUGCAGGAUCUGGCGUCUCACCUUGGGAGGUGAGUGUGUGCGUCCUGUCGUGAUCACAGGACGCGUCUAACACCACCGGGAUGACGUCAGACACUGUCGGUAUUCAGAUGAUGAGAUUUUACCUCGUACUGAAAGUGUGUGUGUUUGUGUGUGCUAUAUUAUUAUUAUACCUGCAUCACCUGACCUCUAGUGGCCGUAGUGAUGAUGACAGGACUCAGGAGGAAGUGGUUUACAAACUGACAGUUAAUAAAAUGUGUUGUGUCCUGACCAGCAGUGGCGACUCUGUGAGGACGUCAUCCACCUGUGAUUCUUCACUAAUAACAGUUUCUGUUUUCCUGCUAUGCCUGGCCUCUGACCCCUGACCUCUGACCCCUGACCCCUCUGAGGAGGAAGAGCGGACAGGAAAAGGGAUGGAGGUAGGAGGAGAGGAGGUGGGCUCAGGAGGCGGGGGGGCCGGCAACAGACAAAAUGGCCUCAUCAGCCCCUGCAGGCUGGGGGCGGAGCCACGCAAGGCUCCUCAGCUGCUCGACCCCAGCGCUCUCCUCCCCCAUCAGGUGGGGCCCGUCCUGCUUCCGUGCCCAGAGAACGUCUUGCAGGCAUGGGGGGAGGCCGGGGGAGGCGACUGCUGCGAGACCACCUUCAUCGAGGGAUUCAUUCCUGACGCCGCCAAGAAGGAGGCGCUGCUCUUCACUGAGGGGAGGUUUCCGGACGACGCAAAGAUUCACACGCUGUCGUACGACAUCGACGACGAUGACGACGACGACGAGUUCCAGGAGCUGGAGAGUGAUUACUCCAGCGAUUCAGAGAGUGAGGACACCUUCCUGUUGACUCCUCCCAGAGAUCACCUGGGCCUCAGCGUCUUCUCCAUGCUCUGCUGCUUCUGGCCGCUCGGCAUCGCAGCAUUCUACCUGUCGCACAAGACCAACAAGGCGGUGUCUAAAGGAGACUUCCAUCUUGCCAGCUCCAGCUCCAGACGAGCUCUCUUCCUGGCCGUGCUGUCAAUCACCAUCGGGACAGGUAUCUACGUGGGCGUGGGCGUGGCGCUUAUCGCCUACCUCUCCAAGAACCACCACUGGUAGUGCGGGAAACAUCCCAUCAGCCCCAGUUCUCCACCUGGACACCGGCCUCAGGUGAGCCUCUUCUCAGCAGGUUGACCCAGGAGGACGAGACGUCGACUGGAGCUGAAGGAUUCCAACCUGAAACCUUUGAACUAACCAGAUCCCAGGAUCUGUGUGUGUGGAACUGUGGGAGUUUGGAACCAGGUGGAACCUUCAGAAGCUCCAGCUCCUGUUUUUCUAUCUCUUAAGAAACCACAAGUUUCCUUUCCAGGGAGACUGUCUCCAUUCUUCAAGAUCACUGACACUGGAUCACUGACACUGGAUCACCAAAUUGAUGAUUUUUUAUCAAACUGUUGAGACAUUUCUGUUUCGUCUGAUAAAAGAAAAACAGAAAAAGAACAGAAGAAUAUUUUCUAAUGAGACUGAGAACAAUCACAACCUGAUCAAACCCCACCCGUCUGGGACCACAGGCAAACAAACGCUACUCUCUGCAGGGUGUCAGGUGUUCAGCUGAUCAGUCGUGUUCCUCUAAAUUAGCUUGAUGCUAAGCUAACCAGACCAGACCGGCCAAUCAGGGUCCGUCUGUUUGCUGCAGGGUGGAAGAACAUUCAGAUAUUUGACUGUUCGAUCUGCAGAGUCCAGACUCCUGACAGGCGGUUCCUCGGCAGGUAGCCCCGCCCCCUUCACAACGUGAACACGAAGGUCCUCAAACCUUUCAAGGACAUUUAAGGUUUAUUUUAAUCUGAACUAUGAUCUUUUCCUAAACCUGAUCGAACCACGACCGCUCACAAAGUUCAAAGUUGUAUUGAACUUCGUACGAGACAGGAUGUGAUGUCACCACACACAAGUCUGUCUAAUGUUCAUCCAGCGAACACAGUCUGUGAUUGGCUGGUCCGGACUUUGCAGACGUCAAACUGUUCUGAGAUCAGUUGUGAAACGAGCUCCGUCUGGUCAUCGGCAGCUUCCACAUGAACUCUGGGCUAAAAGGCUGCGACCAAUCACAGGCCUGCUGUCACCUGUGUGAUGUCAUGCACACGUGUUUAACGAGGGCUGUUGUCGGGUUGUUUGUCUUUAUUCAAGAACAUUGAAUAUAAGAACCUUUAACAUCUCUCAGACUUAAAGGAACAUUCUGAGGUUUUUGUUUCCUUUCUGUGUUAGCCUAGCUUAGCACGAAGACUGGAGAUUUUAAUAGCUUGUUAAUAAAGAUAAAAUGUUUUAUUUCAACUCAAA